AUGCCACUAUUUCGAUUCUUCUCCAAAGUUCGUGCCAAUGAUGCAAUUGAUGAUAUUUCACCACUUGAAGAGAUGAACAUGUCUUCAAGAAUAGUUUCCAUCAAAGAUGUUUACAAUGAAAAUGAUGAAACAUUUCAACCAACUCAAACAAUCAUUUGGAAACCCCUAGUUCUAUUCUACUUUUCCAAUUAUUCCAAAACUCUAAAUGUGAAAAAUUGGAUGCACAUUCUCCGUAGACGAAUCAUCCAUUUACAAAUUCAUUCUCCAAACUCGUUGCCAUUAUCCAAGUCCAAAACAUUGUAUUCCCCAAUAGAUUACAAACGUGAAUUUAUAGAAAAUUGUGAAUGGGAAUACGAAUGUCCACUAAAAAUUGAUUCAAUGAGUGAUAGUCUAAAUGGUUACAGAUAUUGCAAUGUGUGUAAGGAGAAUGUCUAUGAAGUUCAUGAGGAAUAUCAAUUGAAAAAACAUGUAGAAAUGGGUCAUUGUGUAAUUUUGAUGGAAGAUCGUAGUAGAAUUAGAACGGGUAGACGAAUCCAAAAGUGA